AUGAUCGAUUACCAAAAAACUGAGCAGCCCGUUCGUGCAGAAUCGCAUAUACCUGGCGGUAUCCUUGUCUGCUUAGUCUGGGAGGAUAUUCGUAGGCAGCAGCUAGGCAAUCGCACUGGAAAAGCUCUUGUUUUCUGGGAAUUUGCUCGGGAAGAAAGGAAUCGCAUACGAGAAGAGUUCGAAAGAAGCUUUAAGUAUUUCUGGAUAGGUUUCGAUGACGGAUGGCACGAGGCUAAGCCACGAGUCUGGUCCUCGUACCGAAUGGCACAGUUUGAUUUGAUCCGACGGACCCAGCCGGUUGCCGUCACGUCGCCCGACUGGGAUGGGGACGUGUCUGAGGGCUUAUUUGAGUGGUAG